AUGAGAGCGAAAAAACGGCAAGAGGCGGCGACGAUUCGCACAAUUUCGGCGAAUACUGGCAAAGAGCAGCCGCUGUUCGAGGUGGACGAAAAAUGGGAAGAAACGGAGAAAGCGGAGAGAAAGCAGGCGAAAAAAGCGAUGAGGAAGAAGGAGAAGCUCAGAAAAGGCACAAUCUCCAGGAAAUCUUUCGUGGACAGAGAAUAUGAUCCGAAAAAGGCGAAAGAGGAGAGCUUUGAGGAAAAAGUGGAGAAGGCGGUGGAGAAGGCGGGGGUGCAUGCGGAGGAACAACGGAAAAAAGAGAUUGAAAUCGAUCCGAGCAAGUUUUUGGAGCUGAACACCAACGAUUUGACACAGGUCUCCGCGGACUUUGUCGAGAAAAUGGACCAGUUUGAUGAGGGUACGCAUUUUUUGGAAUGUUUGUUUGAAUAACUGAAAAUGGAUUUUUUGAAUUUCAGAAGCGGCUCAAGUGAUCAACGAGGCGUUCAAAGAUGACGAUGUUAUCGGCGAUUUUGAGGAAAUGAAAGAAGGAGUGCGUUUUUUCCCCCUCAAAUUUUCCGGGGAAAUAAACUUUUUUUUUGCAGGUAAAGCAAAAGGAGAAAGUGAAAGAUAUAGAUUUGAAUCUGGCCGGAUGGGGCGCCUGGAUCGGUCCCGGAACGACGGAAAAGAAGCGGAGACGCAAUUUUGUGGUGAAGGCGAAGGAGAAGAAGAGAAGGGACGGCGAGAGGAACGGAUUAGUCAUCACAGAGAGCCUCACCGCCAAGGAUGUAUGUUUGUUGAAAAUAGACUUUAAUGCUGAAAAAACGAAAUCAUCAAAGUAGGAAACCGGGAAAAAAUGUUGAAGCAGAUGUAUAACCUAAAAACAAGAACGCGAAUCCAACUCACAAACGAUGGCCACGUUCCCUCCAAGCCAUUUUAUCCUCAGAGCCUUGCGAAGUGCCACCAGAGUUUCAUUCACUUUUUUUUUCAACAAGACAAAGCCGCAUUAAAAUAAGUGAUGUUUGUACCAAUUACGAAACUGUUGAAACUGCACAAAAAUAAUUACCAAUCUUUCAGGGAAUCGGUAAAAUGCAGCCGCGCUCGCUGCCGUUCCCGUAUUCGCGCGUGCAGGACUACGAGGCGGUGCUCAAACAGCCGUUGGGCCUCGAGUGGAACAUGGAGAAGAUGAGGGACGAACUGUGCAAACCGGCAGUGGUCGUCGAGGUACGUCCGCUAUUUUCAGCAAUUUAUGCGAUUUUUGGCGAAAAAUUGAGUGGAAAAGGUUUAUUUUGUAAUAACAGCCACGGCAUCAGUAA